AGUGUAUGCAGGUAAAUUUCAAAGUGUAGCUGUCCUCAUCCAUGGCUUGGUAAUAAUCGCUGUUGCACUAUUCUAUGGAGCCAUGAACGAACCUAUAUCAGUUGAGCAAAAAAAUGAAGUGCGAUGAAGUGGUACGAUGUGAUAGCAAGAAGAAAGCAAGUGUUCGCCACUCUGUAUAGAUGAAUUUAGGACCAACUGUUGCAUCGCAUACAAUGGAUCGACGUCUCCUCACGCACCGUCGCACGGCCUCGGACGUGGUGACCUAUUCGCAUCGUCGCACCUUCUCCGAUGAACAUAACCGUAUCACUGUGAGCGACGAGGAGGAGGAAGGAAUUGAAGGUGCCUCCCCGCUGCCAGAACUAUGUGGACAGUUGAGCAAGUGGACCAACUACAUUCAUGGUUGGCAGAAUCGAUAUUUCGUCUUGAAGAACGGCACCCUGUCUUAUUACAAGUCCAUGAAUGAGACCACGUCCGACUGUCGAGGAGCCGUCAGCAUCUACAAGGCCACUGUCAAGGGUCACGACUUUGACGAGUGCCGCUUUGAGGUUUCCAUGAAUGACUCCUUUUGGUAUUUGAGAGCUGAGACAUCUGAAGAGAAGCAGAAAUGGUUGGAGGCUCUGGAAGCUCACAAGGCUGAUUCUGGUUUUGGGAGUCAGUCUUCCCUGCGUCGACAUGAGAGCAGCUUAUCUAUUGCUUCCAACACCCUUUCCACCACCUCCACCAAUAGUAAAAGUAUCAGAGGCAUUCGCGAGAAGCUGUCAGAGUUGGAGACCUUUCGAGAUAUUGUUUGUCGCCAGAUUGACACAUUGCAGGGCUACUUUGACAAUUGUGCUGAUACAGCCAAUACUGGUGCAAUAAUUGAUGAGAAACAGGAUUUGCAUGAAGCAGGGACCAUCCUUGAUGAUGGUGAAGGAGGCCAAUGCUCUCAGCUUCUGAGUAGAGAGGUGAUCCAACAACACGCCCAUCACUCGGUGGAUUUUCGUGGAGAGGCCAUCACAUUCAAGGCAACCACUGCUGGGAUCCUUGCCACCCUAUCCCACUGCAUGGAGGUGUUGGCACAGCGGGAAGAGGCCUGGAGGCGCAAGUGCGAACGGGAGAUGGAAAAGCGUCGCCGAGCUGAGGAGAUGCUCAAGGAGGCAUCCAAGGAGGCUGACACUCGAAGGCGUGUUGUUCUCGUGGGAGGACCCGAUUAUGAGCAGGAAGGGCCACACAGUGCAAUAGGAGAAGAAGAGUUCUUUGAUGCUGUGGAGACUGGGUUGGACAAGAUAGAAGAACAUGAAGAGUGGAUGAAAGAGCGGCUGAUGAAGGCCAGACAGCGGAGCGAGUCUACCCCGUCCACACCUCUAAUUCAGCAUCGCCUCUGGCCUGAGAUCAAGCAGGUGAGUGAGGAGCAGUUGAGGUAUGCCCUAUUGGGGGUUGAAGAGGGAGUGUGGACCCUGUUUGCCCAAGAAGGGGAGAUGCGGAUGUACAAGCGGGAGGAGGAGGUGGAUGGGAUGGUGUGUGACCCUCUGAAAGCAGUGCACACCAUCCGUGGUGUCACAGCACAUGAGAUCACCCACUACUUCUUUCAUCCAGACUAUCGCAUGGACUGGGAGUUCACAGUGGACAAUAUGACGGUUCUGGAGCGGGUGUCGGAGGACUGUAUCGUGUUCCACCAGAUCCACAAGCGGGUGUGGCCAGCCACACAGCGGGAUUCCCUCUAUUGGUCCCACAUCCGCCAGGUGCAUCCCCCACCAGACGAGGGUCUGCAUGACAGCUGGAUCGUCUGCAACCAGUCCACCGAGCAUCCAGAGGCUCCAACGAGUGGAAAGUGGCUGCGGGUAAAUUUGACAGUGUGCAUGGUAGCCCAGACCCAGAUCGUUCCACCACCUCCUGAGGGUGAGUUGAUCACCCGAGACAACCUCCAGUGCAAGAUCAUCUACUGCUCUGUUGUGAAUCCUGGAGGCUGGGCACCUGCAUCAGUCCUUAGGGCAGUCUACAAGCGAGAAUACCCACGGUUCUUGAAGCGGUUCACGCAAUACGUCAUCGACCAGUGUCAAGACAAGCCGAUCUUGUUCUGAAGCCACUGCACCGUUCCCAUGACAAUGACAGCGGCACAUUCUUGCCUUCUCUGUUUCUCUGUGUGAUGCCUUCCAUCCCUUUUGAUUUCUGGGUGAACAGAAUUCUUACAAGAUCCUUUUCGAUGAAAAUGAGAGCAGUCAGUGGGCCACCUCAUGAAGAUGUAAGGCCAUUACAGAGGGCAUUCAGAUAACAAUGUUCCCUCUUUGGCAUUUAGUUUAUUGUCUGGGGCAUUGAUAUUGUUUUUAUUUGCUCAGAUAUCUGUUUUCGUCUGCAAAAGUUGCAGACGUUUUGUUUCUUCUUGGGAGCAAGUAAAAUUUCAGCUGUGUCUAGACUGAAUUUGCUGCAUUCAGGUGUGUUCUUGUGAAGGAAGUGCACUCGCAACCUCUGGAUGGUGUGGAGGUUAAACUGUUAUUUCAUGUUCUCUCAAAGCUUUUUAUGAGUUGAAUAUGCUAUUUAUGAACUGAGGAGAGUGAGAAGAUGGAGUAAAAUGUUGUCCUGCUAUGCCAUGCUGGUGCUGCAGGGGUGUGGAGAAAGAAGAAAUUGAAAGUUUCCACGAACAAAUCUGUUAUAAAUGUCAUAUCAGUCUCGCACAAUGGCAGCAUCCUAUGUAGUUCCUCUAUGAUAUGCAUUCUUGAUGUCACAGAAAAUUAUAAAGUUGUAUGCAGACCAUUGGGAGAGUUGACUAAAUGAGGACAGAUCUGACUGUGUGCCUACAUGUUCAGCUGUUCCUUCAGUAGAUCCUUAGAUCUGGGAGAUCUCUGCUCUCUAGGUAAUAAGGUCAUGCCUCACAUACCAUCGGACCUGGUGGUUCCAAUUCAUCAGAAGGGAUCUCAUCAAUGUCUGCACUGCCUUCUCGCUUCCUCAUGUUCCUGAGCCUCCAGCAGUUGCUGGAGAGCCCUGGCAGGUCCAUUGCUAUGCAUUUCCCUGACAUUUUUCCUUCCCCUUUUGUUAUUUUCUGUUGAAGUGCUGUGGACUUGGCAUUUUUGCCUUCUUUUGUUUUCCUCUCUUCAUCUCAUUCUGCCAUCCUGUUCAGAAACAUUCGCUCAUGCUCUGUCUGCUUUUACCAGGGAGAGGAGGCUUUGCUUUGACCAUCAAUGGCUGGCCCCGAACAAAACUCACCCUGCGUAAAGUUCCUUUGCAAUUCCCCCUCGCCAAGAAAUGAAUAAUUGGAAUUAGCAAGAAAGGUGCUAGCCAAAUCAUACAGCGAACGCUCUGUUUCCCGGGUGGUGAUAAAUUCUCUCCGGACGACCGGAUUUUCCCAAGUUACCAUUUCGAGUCCUUUGUUUGCCUCUCCCCUCCCCAUUUUUUUUUGUCUUCCUGCCAUACAAAGUGUUGUUCCGUCUUGGUCUCGACUGUUUUACACUGAAUGUAUGUGCCUUAUUUCCAGACACCACUGGUGCGGAUUGAGAUUAUUUUUUUUAUCAAUGACUGAGGUGUUGCAACCAUGAUUUUCACUCAGUGGAAACUGUUAGCCAGUGAUGCCAUAUGUAUUCUUGGUGUCUCUUUGGGAGUAGAAUCACCGUAUCCUAGCCAUUUUUUUCUCCGAGCUUCAUGCAAACGUGCCGUCGGUGAAUCUAUGUGCCCCGUGAUACAUCUUCCACGUCAUAUAGAUGAGGUUUUGCUCCACUUUCACCCACGAUCUAUGUACACAAAGCUGUAUGUGAUAAGUCAGUUUCCUCCUGCGCCAAAACGUUCUUCCUGCAUUUCUCUCACAACUCGCAUGGGAAUCUGAAUCACGGAAGAUUCAUUGGUUUCUUAAUUUCCUUCUUUAUUGGCUCCUUUCAGUCCACUGAGUUGCACCAAUUGUGAUGAGCAGAAUUUUUUUCCCCCAGCUUAUAUUGUUCGCAAGAGCUCUGAAUAAAGACGUCCAUGGACAGUUUUUGUUUA